AUGGGCCUACACUCGCCGCUUCUCGGACUCCCCGCGGAGAUUCUCGAUUCAGUUGCGUCGCAUUUGAGCAACCCUGACCGCAAGAGCCUUCGUCUCACAUGCACGGUUUUCGGCCGACGCGUGCUGCUGCAGAUUGAUCGCGUCUUUCUCUCAGCGAACCCACGCAACAUUGAGGUCUUCAGGGCCAUCGCAGACCAUGACGUCUACAGAGAAAAGGUGGUCGAGCUGAUCUGGGACGACGCCCGCCUAGAUCCUCCUCCGGAACCACCGCUUGCGUUCCAAUGCCGGCACGGGGCCCAUCACAUCGAACCCUUCUGGGAAGAAUGGUAUCAGGAAGUCUGUGACCGAAAUAGUAAAGACGCUCUCCCACAGGACGAACUAGAGACCCCAAAACGCGCUGCACGGGCACGUUGGAUUGCCGCGCAGCCCCCAGUCAAGGACAUGUGGAAUCACUACAAAGAGCUUUUUAGGCAGCAGCAAGAGAUCAUGAAGACCUCGGACGAUGCUUUGGCGCUCCAGUAUGGCCUCGAGCGCUUUACGUCGCUCACCAGAAUUACUCUUACACCCACCACUCAUGGGGUAGAGUUCAACCCUCUCUACCAAACUCCCAUGAUUCGUGCUCUCCCGUACGGGUUCAACUAUCCUAUCCCUCGUGGUUGGCCAUGUAGCGAGCCAUGUAGCAGGCUAAGGACAACAAAAUGGUCGUCAGAAGAGAGAGAUGAAAGGGAGAAGAAUAGGUGGCGAGGCUAUCGUAUCAUCCUUUGGACCCUGGCACGGGUGGACCACCACAUUACAGACUUUGUGGUCGACGUUGGCCUACUAAACACGGGCCUGAACGCCCAUAUGUUUGACCAACCGUGUGCAGAACAGGAAGAUCUCGUCACGGUGUUGCUCAAGCCGGGCUUUCGGCGUCUCGACCUUGCCUUGAUUCUCAGCGGGCAGACAGAGCUUGGGUUUCCCGCCUUCCGUAACCGCCAGCUGCACGGUGCGCUCAGCCAGGCAUCGGAUUUAGAGCACAUUAGUCUGAGAACCAAUAUGACGUACGACCUGGAGUUUGAGGAAUGGAUGGAUCAUGACGAGGAGGAGCCGUUCGUUCCAUUACUGAACAUCUUUCCUGUCGAGCGCUGGCCGAGGCUCCGUCACUGGGGUCUUUCAGGUUUUAGCGUACGAAUGGAUGAUCUGGUCGGUUUGCUUUCCCUGCUUCCAAACACGCUGAGGUCCGUCGAGCUCAGCUUUCUCAAAUUUCAAAUCGGCCAUGGCUCGAAUCGGGAGCUACUCUUUCGUUUACGUGACACCCUGGACUGGCGUGGACGGGACCCAGCUGACAGGCCUAAGGUCUCUAUGGGCUGGCAAGAGGAAGGCGUCUUCCGAGGAGAUGGGUACGCCGUCUGGGUUGAUGACGAGGUCAACGAGUUUCUGUAUGGUGACGGUGAAAACCCGUUCCUGGAAACACCUCCCGAGGUCGAACAUGGCAUCGGAAUCCAAAAAUGUUACUUUGACUCGGAUUUCGAACGGCCAAAUAUCGACCACUUUGAGCUGAUGCGCAGGGGCUUUUUGAAGAAUGAGAUGAUAAUAAUGGGUGUGAAACACACGGUCCAGAGUUUUCUCGGAGAAGAAUAG